AAAACGAUUCCCCGUGCUUCGUGUCCGUGCGAUUAUAAAACCGCGCUUCUUUUCGCGUCGCGGCCCGUUAUCGAGACACGUGCUUCCGUCCGAUAAGAUAUCAGUGAAAGAGUUCUCGAUCCUAACGACAGCUUACGAUCCUCGAGUUUGAUCCUCAUAUUUUCGAUCGACACCGGUGCAUGGAAUUUCGCCAUCUUUCGGGGUUGUUCCAUCGAUCGUAAAACCUCUUAAUUUUGGUAUCAAACAUUCGUGCGAAUUUUUCGUACCGGUGACGUUACGGAAGAAUUUUCUAACGAGUGAAUUUCUAGCAGAUUCGGAAUAAAUAAGACGGAGUGAGAUCCAGUGUUUCCCGAGCCUCCGUGCGAUAGAGUUUCGAAGAGUUGGCACGUACCCGAGAUAAGGAGCGAAGCAUCGAGGCGAAGACGACGAUCGAGGAGUCCUCGCGCGGCGUGCAUAGUACCCGAGAGCGUAGACUUUCACUCCGUGCUCGUUGAUCGGCCAAGAGACUCGGGCGAAGAAGCGGGCGAAGGAGAAGGCAGAAGAGACGCGAAGUGAAAGACUGCUCCGUCCCUCUCUUCCUUUGGUCCAAAGUUGAUUGACCUCGAGCGAGACAGGAGGCGACCGAUCGUCGUUCACCGGGCGCAAGAGAAGCAGAAAGGAGCGAGACGACGACGACGACGACGACAACGACGUGCGCGACGAGGAGUGGUCGAGAAGAAGAAGAGCAAAUUGGUGCUCCCGGUAGCAGGGGCACAUGAGCAACGCGGAGGAGAAGCUGCGUAGCGUGACGAAGCGUAGCAGACACGGCUCGCGUAAAACCGGGUCAGCCGGCUCCGAUUGGUCGAGCGGAUCGGGAUCGUCUGGUGGGGCUAGGGGCCCAGCCCAGCCGGCCCCCUCCACUCCACAGGCCAGCACCUCAGCUUUCAACAGGUCCCAGGAGUCGAUGGGCCCUACCAGGCGGCAGUCCUCGCGGGACAGCGUGGACUCGACGGGCCAACAGGCAUCACCCGACCACGGCGAGCUCCUUUUCAAGGUGAUGCUAUUGGGCGACAGCGGUGUGGGGAAAACCUGCCUUCUAACGCGAUUCAGGGACGGCCGAUUCCUGUCUGGCAACUACAUAACCACCGUCGGCAUUGAUUUUAGGAAUAAGGUGGUCGUCGUAGACGACACGUCUGUGAAGCUUCAAAUAUGGGACACGGCUGGCCAGGAAAGAUUUCGAAGUGUUACGCACGCGUAUUACAGAGACGCUCAUGCUCUUUUAUUGCUGUACGACGUGACGAACAAGACGAGUUACGACAACAUCAGGGCAUGGCUGAGCGAAAUCCGAGAGCACGCCAACGAGGACGUGGUCAUCAUGUUGCUGGGUAACAAGUCGGACUGCGGACCGGAAAGAAUCGUGAAGAAAGAAGAAGGCGAGCGGUUGGCGCAAGAGUACAAAGUCCCCUUUAUGGAAACCUCUGCUAAAACCGGCCUGAACGUCGAAUUGGCCUUCUUGGCCGUUGCUAGGGAGUUGAUGGCCAGGAAGAGCAACGACCCGGACGACACAAAAUUCAACGUCCAAGACUAUGUUCGACAACAAUCGCAGCGGAGUUCCUGUUUCAAUUCCAAUUGCUUGACGACCUGAAUUGCGCAACAGUCCUGCGCACACGUUUCCGUACAAUAGAUAGAACGAACGGUGAAACACGAACCGGAACUCGUUGGCUGCGAGAAUGGCGCGAAAUGAUCGUAGCUGUUCGAGUGUUCGUAAUCGGGAUCAAGCGCAGAAGUCGUCAAAAGAGUACCUUGUUGCGGAAGCGUCGAUAGAGAGAUAAAUUUGCACAAUUUACAACAUUGUAGUCGACUGACGUAAUCGUUAGACAAGAAUGUAGAUUACGACGAAACGCAUUAACGAAAUAGAGAUUAACUUAAAACUUUCGAUCACGUAACAGUAUUCGAUGUACGCUCGAUCGAAAGAAGUUUGGCUGCACAACCACAAUAUUUGGAAAAUACAUUAAUUCUAGAGAAAGAAUGUCAACCACUUGAUUUGAUUUUAAUACAUUUUUUUUUUUAAAUAAAAUAGAAUAGUUUUAUGCGUACCUUUGUUUCGAGCAGUGCGGCCAUGUUCUUUUCAACAGGGUGUAUAUAACGUUGUUUGUUCCACCGGAAACGCGCUGUUGCCGAUCGAUAAAGCACAAGAUGACAAAGAAUCGCGGAACGGAUGUCGAUAUUUUUGAAAGCGACUAGCACAAAAUUCUUGUUGAUGAUAUCUGUAUAGAAAUAUAUAAAUAUAUAUAUAUAUAUCGAUGGUUAAUUCUGUACUGUACAUUAAUGUGAAUAGUUUCGCGGGACAGAGACUCCCAAGAUAGAUGUAGGAAACGUCUCGAUGGUUCUAACUCGCACUGUAUACGAUCCCUACGGUGUUUAACGAAAAAAAAAAAAUGUAUUCGAUUCGACACCGUGAAUUUAACGAGAUGCCGUGCGAAAGCUCACCGUGUACCAAGUAGAUCGGUGGUUUUAGAAAAACCCCCGCGUAGAAGAGCUUACCGAGAAUAUUUCAUAGCUGCCAUAUUUAUGACACGUUUGAAAGGAACGCUCAAUAAUUUUAUGUUGAGAAGGUCUUUCUCGUAGCUUAGAUACGAUUUAUUGAAAUGUUUACGUCACAUUCCAUGGACAAAAUUGAAUGAAUAUGUAUAUGUAGAAUCAUAUGUAUACGUCUUAGUCGUAAUAAUCAUUUAGAUUGCAAAUUUGUGACAAAUUAGGGCAAUCGUUUAUUAAAUUUCAACAAGCUCGUUUAAAUCUUUGGCGAAAACUUAUAAAAGUUUGAUUCUGUAACCUGUCGCGAUUAGCUGCAUCGGUCACGUGACUAUUUAUAUCGUUCUCUAUGUAGCGGUCCUAACAGCGCUAUAAUGUUCGACCAACCCGAUUUACAUUCUAACCUUUUCGAUUUUAUACAUUGAAUUAUUUUUAUAACGCCUGAAUGAUAAUUUGCUAUGAAUGUUUCAAAAUUAAGGGAUGCCGAUCGUUUAGUUCCAUUAUGCAACAGUUAUCUUGUAAGUUAAUCGAACUAAGAAUAAAAAUUGAACAAGAUGUGCCGUGUACGUUUACCUGCUCUGUAUGUACAAUCUGUCUUCUCGACAAACGACAAACAAUUACAUGUCAAAUGUAUAUUGAGAAGUAUAUAUAAAAUAAAAGAUCACUCGACCA